GCAGUGCUCUCGCCCGCUGUGGCCGCGUCCGGCUCCGCCAUGGACCAUCAGGAGCCUUACUCCGUGCAGGCCACGGCGGCCAUCGCGGCGGUCAUCACCUUCCUCAUCCUCUUCACCAUCUUCGGCAACGCUCUGGUCAUCCUGGCUGUGUUGACCAGCCGCUCGCUGCGUGCCCCGCAAAACCUGUUCCUGGUGUCGCUGGCCGCGGCCGACAUCCUGGUGGCCACGCUCAUCAUCCCCUUCUCGCUGGCCAACGAGCUGCUGGGCUACUGGUACUUCCGGCGCACGUGGUGCGAGGUGUACCUGGCGCUCGAUGUGCUCUUCUGCACGUCGUCCAUCGUGCACCUGUGUGCCAUCAGCCUGGACCGCUACUGGGCCGUGAGCCGGGCCCUGGAGUACAACUGCAAACGCACCCCGCGGCGGAUCAAGUGCAUCAUCCUCACCGUGUGGCUCAUCGCCGCCGCCAUCUCGCUGCCCCCCCUCAUCUACAAGGGCGACCAGGGCCCCCAGCCCCACGGGCGCCCGCAGUGCAAACUCAACCAGGAGGCCUGGUACAUCUUGUCCUCCAGCUUCGGCUCCUUCUUCGCGCCGUGUCUCAUCAUGAUCCUUGUCUACCUGCGCAUCUACCUGAUCGCCAAACGCAGCCACCGCAGAGGUCCCAGAGCCAAGGGGGGCCCCGGGGAGGGAGAGUCCAGGCAGGCCUGCCCUGUCCCUGGGGGCCCUUCUGCCUCUGCCAAGCUGCCAACCCUGGUCACUCCUGUGGCUUCUGCCAGCGAGGCCAAUGGACCCUCCAAGCCUGCUGGGGAGAAGGAGGAAGGGGAGACCCCCGAAGACCCUGGGACCCAGGCCUUGCCGCCCGGCUGGGCCACCCUUCCCAAUUCAGGCCAGGGCCAGAAAGAGGGCGUUUCGGGCGCAUCUCUGGAGGAAGAAGCUGAAGAGGAGGAGGAGGAGGAGGAAGAGGAGGAGGAGGAGGAAGACGAGCCUCAGGCAGUGCCAGUGUCUCCUGCCUCAGUGGGCAGCCCACCCUUGCAGCAGCCACAGGGCUCCCGGGUGCUGGCCACCCUCCGUGGCCAGGUGCUCGUGGGCCGGGGCGUGGGUGCCGUGAGCGGGCAGUGGUGGCGUCGCCGGGCGCAGCUGAGCCGGGAGAAGCGUUUCACCUUCGUGCUGGCCGUGGUCAUCGGCGUCUUUGUGCUCUGCUGGUUCCCUUUCUUCUUCAGCUACAGCCUGAGUGCCAUCUGCCCGCAGCAGUGCCGGGUGCCCCACGGCCUCUUCCAGUUCUUCUUCUGGAUCGGGUACUGUAACAGCUCCCUGAACCCCGUCAUCUACACCAUCUUCAACCAGGACUUCCGCCGCGCCUUCCGGAGGAUCCUUUGCCGCCAGUGGACCCAGACAGCCUGGUGAGCCCACCUGCAGGCUGCCCGGGUGGGCUCGGUGCCAAGUGGCACCGGGACCUUGCUGCUUCUUGGUCUGCUUUUCGUGGCUGCCCCACCCCCACCCCAUCCUGGGACUUUCUGGGAUGCUGCAGGUCUCAUCUUAAGAGCAGAGGGGCUUGGGUGCUGUGCACUUGGGUCCUUUUAAAGCCUCCCUUGCUGUCUCUGGUGCACAGGCAGGAUGAGGCUCAGGUCUUUCUGAAUGUAGCUGAGGCCAGGCAAGAACAGAGCCCCAGACCCCUCCGGGCCAGGAGCGGACUUCCGUUUUGUGAGGACCUGGUAUUCCGUGGCUUCCUUUUUCUUUUCCAUCCUGUUCCCCUCUGCCCAGCCUCAUCCCCAGGAGCAGGACGCCAGCCAGGAGGGCAGAUGAAGACUGUCCACCCACGUGGUCACCCCGCGGUCCCCAUCAGGCGCUGGGAAGGGGUGAGGGUUCUUGCAACAGCCCUGUCUCUGGGCUCCGUCCCCUGCUUCUGGUUCCUGAAUCCGCGCCUCCUUUCUCGGCCAGACCCUGGAUCAAUUUCCUUACCCGAAGCCCCUCUGAGAGGCGGGCGCGCACGUGGAUGCCUCCACGGGGUGGUCUGGCGGCCUGGCCUCGGUCUCCACGGGAGAUCCCAAUCACUAAGCGUUCACCCCCUGCAAAAACCAGGGCGACAAUCGCUCGCCGCCUACUUGCCGCAGGGAGAUGAAAGGCUUUGCAGAGAGCUUUGAGCUUGGUGGGGUAACGCACCCGAGAACCAGAAAAUGUGAUUAUCCGGUGAUACAGAAAUCCCUCUCCUCUGUGUUUACCACCCCUGCUUCCCGGAGACUUUCUGUGCCUGGGGUGUGUGAAGUCCUGCCCGAGCAGGCAGACUCACUGUUCCCAGUUAAAGGAUUUCUUUGAGGCCGUGUUCUUGCACCUGCUGGGGUUGGAGUUCUCACGCUGCUUGAGGUUCCUUGACAUUGCACCUGCUUGCCUCCCCACACCCACCUUGGGGGCGAGGGAAUGUCAUCAAGCAGGCAAGGAGGCAAACGGUUUCCCUGAGACAGCCAAAAAUACCCGCCCGUGGGGACCAUCUGAGAUGAGAGCCUUUGGCGGACAAAGCCCCCAGGUGGGGAGCUGGG